UCCGCUCAUUCAUUGCAGGAGACGCGUGCUUUUCUGUCUGAUGGGUCGGGCCUCGGGGCUGGGGCCAUGGCGACGACGGCGGCGACGACAAAGACUGUGGCGGCGAACGACGCGGUGGAAGGGGAUGCUCUGGUGGAGUUCCCGGUGGAUCCGGUAGUCAGCCUGGUAGGUUGCCUAUCUUCCAAAAUGCGAUACGUGUGGCGGCGCCGGAUCUCGAUGGAGGGAGCGAGGUGAGUAGCCGUCGGGACGAUGUGGCUCCGGAGUCUUCUGUGGCUGCGCCUGCGGAAUCGGGUGAAUCCGGAUCCAAGAGCGCGUGAGAUUAGGAGGUUAUGGACAAUCUUGGGAUCACAGAAACACCGGAGAGCCAUGUAGUAACUAAUAAAACCGUGGACACAACAAACUAGAAAUAUUUUGCCAGAUGACCUGAACCACUACCAGCAGGACCAGAUCAACCGCAUGUCACUAACAUUUCGGCACAGCAGAAUGUAUGUUAAGGCAUUGGAGCUGGUUCGACUUUGGGAUGCAAGUGUAGAGGCGUAUGGAACUGUGAUGUGCCUUUUCGAGCAUAACUGCCGGUGAUGGUUCCAUUCAACAAGUGUCUUGACGGGCUGGGACUUGAGGACCGGGCUGGCAGCAAGAAGGUGACAGAAGCCGGCACUGAAUGAGGAAAAGAAAGUGCAGCUCCUGAUGAUAGACUGUAGGGAAGCGUGAACCCUCUCUUUGGUUUAACGACACCAAGCAAGAAGAGAGCUGCUGGCAGACCAACAAAUGCAUGGGGCAAAGCUCCUUUCUAGGGAUGAGCAAAACCCAGAGCCACACAAAAAAAAAAAAACUGCGGCCGCGGAAACGCCUCGCCAACCUGCUGCGGUCUCGCCGAGCGACAUGCCGCGCCAAGGGCCUCGCGUCGGUGACCCGUCCAUGCACCCAGAGGAGGGGAACGUGGUGAUCGUCACCACGCCGGACAUGGAGGCCAACGCGGCGUCUCUUGUUUCCCUGGGCGCGUUCAUCUGGCUCGGGGGGAACAUGCUCUCGGUGAGCGAUGCUGAGAUCCAAGAAGCCAUCCCUGAAGAUAUCGGUGAGCGAUGCUGAGAUCCAAGAAGCCAUCCCUGAAGAUAUCUUUGCUCUGUUCGAUUUUCCGCAUCACCGCGACAAGGUCACGACCCCGGGGCGUUUUCGUCACAACGGCCUGGACAUCCACUCCUCCAACUGGAGGCUGGACGCCCACUGCGACGUGGUUCAGGCCAACUACCACGUCUACCUCUGCAUCGAAAGCACCCCGCUGAACGCGUGGUCAGAGUCCGUCGCUGCUCAAGUGCUUGGGCCGGAGACAUUCAUCCACUACUUCAACAUCGCAAAUCUUCGUCAAGAGGACGCCACCUGCAUCAAGCUUUGGGCGUGGUCUGCGAACCCCUCCUCCAUCCCCAAGGUCCAGAACGUGACCAUUGCUUGACGUGUGGCUACUGGUGUGGGUGGUGCCCCAUCCUCGGCCAUUGGGCAUGGUGGCAUCCGCCGACGAGCAUUGUGCAUUUCGACAGGCUUGAAGACUACACACCGGAUAGCGCCGGCAACAUCCCCCGUCGACCGCACACCGACCCGUUCACUUACCGUUUUGGUGUGGUGGACGGCGAGUCAAGGCCGCAGGACAGGCAUGAAUGGCCCCCUCGCCGUCGUGAUGAUGACGAUUGCCAUCGCCGAGAUGAUGACCGAGACAGGGACGACCGGCGUGGUCGUGACAAUGACAGGUCAAGGACCUCCAGCUCUUGGCGUGAUCGCUUCUUCCAUAGCCGAUCGUGUGCGCUUGAUCGGCGCGCCGAGGAGGAUCACGGUCGUGGUUCUAAGACUGACAGUAGAAUGGGGGGUAGGUAUGAGGAGGCAAGAUCCCAGCUAUGGUGA